UAACAACUUGUUCUUCAUUCGCAUGACCAAUCAACUCAGAUGCUCGACCUUUAUCUAGGAUCGAGGUAGCACGGAAGAAUACGGUUAAGAAUACAAGCUAGUAGUAGUAGCAGGUACCGUACGUAGGAUGGAUCCAGCGUUGCACGCGGCGGCGUUGCAGGGGAGCGUGGCGAGCCUGAGGAAGCUGGCGGCCGAGCGCCCCGACAUCCUUGCUUCUUCCAAGACGCCCCAGGAGAACACCGCGCUGCACAUCGCCGCGGAGCUCGGCCAUGCCGGAUUCGCGGCGGAGCUCCUGGGCGUGGACCAGAAGCUGCUCGUCAGCAAGAACGCCGACGGCGACACGCCGCUGCACCUGGCGGCCAGGUCGGGGAAGAUGCCCGUGGUGGAGCUGCUCAUCGCGCAGGCCAGAGUAUGGCCUUGGAGCGCGGAGGCGCAGAGGCCUCUGUUGAUGGCGAACAAGGCCGGCGACACCCCGCUGCACCAAGCGGUGCAGCACGGAUGGAGCGACGUGGCGCUCAAGCUGUUGGACGCCGAGCCCAGCUGCGGCCACGCGCCCGACGCGAAAAAGCAGUCGCCGCUGCAUAUCGCCGCCAGGGAGGGCCUCCCGGACGUGGUGAGCAAGAUCGUCAGCCAUCCCUGGGUCCGCGAGAGGUUCGUCCCCUCCGACUCCGUCAGCGGCACCGCCCUGCACCAGGCCGUCCUCGGCGGCCACAGCCGUGUGGUGGAGAUAUUGCUCGGUGCGACGCCGGAGGAUCAGAUCGCGCUGACGGACUCGAGCGGCAACAACGCGCUGCACUACGCGGCGCAGAAGAACAGCGCCUGCGUGGUGAAGCUGCUGCUGAACCGGAAGGUGGAGCUGGCCUACGGGCGCAACCGCGACCUGCAGUCGCCGCUGCACGUGGCCGCCAACUACGGAUCGACGGAGGCCAUGGUGGAGCUGCUGAAACACUGCCCCGACGCGGCGGAGAUGGUGGACAGCAAGGGCAGGAACGCCUUCCACGUCGCCGUCACCAGCGGCAAGGUGGACGCCCUCAAGCGCCUGCUCAAGCACGUCCAUCCCGAGGAGAUCGUCAACCGCGUCGACCAUGGCGGCAACACGCCGCUGCACCUCGCCGCCGCCCUGUCGCGCAUCCAGUCGGCGCUGCUCCUGAUCAAGGACCGCCGCGUCAACCCCUGCGUCCUCAACCGGGAGGGCCAGACCGCGCGCAGCCUCAUCGAGAAGCGCGGCGCCACCGCCACCGCCACCGAGGAGGAGAUGGACACCUACGAGAUGUACCUAUGGAAGAGGCUCAAGAAGCACGAGGCCUGCAGGUGCAAGAAGCAGCAGCUGCCUCCGAUCGCCACUUACCAGUCGCUGCGCGGCCGGAGGGCCGGCCACGACGAGUACUUCAAGCACAGCGUCGAGACCUACACGCUGGUGGCCACGCUGAUCGCCACCGUCAGCUUCGCCGCCACAUUCACCAUGCCGGGGGGUUACAGCCAGACCGAGGGUACCGCCAUCCACGGGAAGACGGCGGCGUUCAAGAUCUUCGUCAUCUCCAAUACCGUCGCCAUGUGCAGCUCCGUCGUCGUCGUCUUCUGUUUCAUCUGGGCGUGGCGGGACCCCGUCAAGUUCAAGCUCGACCAGCUCAUGUGGGGCCACAGGCUCACCAUCGUUGCGUGCCUCGCCAUGGUUGUCUCGCUCAUGACGGCCGUUUACAUCACCGUUGCGCCCACGGCAAGGUGGCCUGCGUACGUUGUGAUCGCCAUCGGAGCCAGCACUCCCGCCAUGGUGUUCCUCAUUCUUGGGAAAGAGGCAUUGUACGUCCCACUAUAGCUGCUACUCGUCUUCGUCUCUGAAAAGAAGGCCUGUGCAGUUUUUUUUUAAUAAGUUAUACUAGCAAAAUGGCACGUGAGUUGUCACGGAAAAAAAACAUAAUCUUCAAUGAUGGUGACCAUAUUAUGUUCACAUAUCAU